AUGAAUAUUAUUAACUACCUUUAUAAUAAGAGCAAGAGCAUAUACAAUCGAAACAUAAAUGCGUACAAUUACAAUAACAUUGAGAAUGAGAAUUUGAUUAGCAACUUUGUCGACAUAAGUAAUGGGUACAGCAACCAUAGCUGCUCGUCCAAGUCGUCCUCGCGGACGUUGAUGUUGGGUGAUAAUGAUGUGCAUACGGGUCGUAGGACACAGAGCAGGGAGGAACGCCCCGCUGUGGUGAGAAGGUUUGGGCGAGUCGGUAGGUCAGGGAUGGGAACAGUUGGCGCUACUGGCUCGAUGAGUAUGCCAAGAUCGCAGAGCGAUCGGAUUGAUCAAGUGAAGAAUAUCGCCAGCAGGGAAGAAGACCAAGGGCAGAAAAAUCAUAUUUACGAAUUUAAUGUUCACAACAUUGGUUUCGACACAAAGGUGUAUAAGAACAGAUGCGAUGGAGUCUGUGUCCUCAAUGAUAAUAUAUACAUAUUUGACAAAAUAAAAAAAUGUAUAUAUUUAUACACCCCAUAUAAUAAUGUGUGGUAUAUAUUUUUAAACAUAUGUGAAGAAAUGUCUGUGAAUAAAAAUGGAAACUUGGAGUUAACCAAUUCUUAUGUGAACAGACCGAAACAAAGUAUUGAAGGAAGCUUUAGUCACCUCAGCAACAUUUCCUUUAUGAACUACACAGAUGUGGUUUAUCUGAAUAAUUGUAUUUUUAUAAUUAGUAGUAAUUGUCAUUUUAUGAAUUUUUGUAAAGUCAAUAUGCUAAAUAUGAAUACUCUCUUUGGGACCGUUGUGGUAGAAUCCGCUCAGAGUAAGUUCGCCGAUUUUGCGCAGCUGUUGCGGAUGUUGAGAGGGGGUGAGACGGACCGCAAGGAGCACGGCAAUAGCGAUGAGGAUGAGAUUCGCCAUGUAAGGCAGCCCUCCAGUUGGGACGUGAAGCGUGGUGGAUCGUCUCCCCUGCAGGAAACGCCAAGCGGGCUGAAGGGUUCCAAUCCUACCCUUCCACGUAUGGAGCAAACAAUGUGUAGUAACGAAGUGGGUGCCGUGGAGAGCGGUCACAUGCACGAUAGCCAACGUGAAAGCGGCGAUGAGGACAUCCAAGGUAGCCACUUCGACGAGUACGUCAGUGGAAUUUCCGAAUUUUCAGAAUUUUCCGAAUUGUGUGAAUUUUCCGACCUUUUUCCAAAUGAAGAGAAAAAUGUUUUUAAAAAUAUGAAGAGAUUGAUAAAGGCUCGAGAUUUCUUCUCCAUUUGUAGCGUCAACGAGAGCUGCUAUUCCCUGAUUUACCUCUUUGGGGGUAAAGGAAGCACCGUCAAAAAGGGCCAUGAAUAUGUGGACAUUAUUUACAACGAUUUGUAUGUCUACGAUUUUUACCGAAACCGGUGGAUGGAGUUAUACCAGUACAGGAGUGACAAGGGGGGUGGGUGUACCUCUGAGGAGAGGACAAACCAGGAGGAGACAUCCCAAGACAAUUCCCUUUUACGUACUCACUUACAAGAGUCUACCACAAACAGAAAGGAUAACAGCAACAUUCUUUAUUUUAAACAGGGUGAUACGUCCUCCCCUCCUUCUGGCAUACAAAACGAUACUAGAAGCGCAGAAGAAUGUUUUAAUGACAAUUCUUUUUUACUGACCUCGAAUGAUGCGUUUACCAAUGAUAACAGGACGCAGUCGAGUAAGGUUCAGAUGGACGGGGGGGCAGUAAAUCUGAGGGACAGCCUGCGCAGAAAUGGAGGUACGGUGGAUAGCAUAGCUACCGUUGCUACGUCCACAGCGGACAGGCAUAGCGAUUCGUUUAGCCAUGCGAAGGGGGAACCUUGGGAGAGGAAUCUGAUGAGUGGGGACCGAAGGGGCGUUGCAAACAAAGAGGAGCAGGUGGAUGACACUUGUUCAGAUUUGUACAGCCUCAUUUUUGACAUUCGUGAAGAAGAAGCAACUGAUGGAAAAGCUAAAAAGAAUGCAGAGUGGGAAGGUGUGCACAGUGAAAUGAAGCCCGUGGAAAGCCCCCAACACACACGCACCAACAUAUACCAUGAGCGUAAUGACCCACCCUGUAAAGACUGUGUGCAGGGGAAGAAGUGCAAAUAUAUAUGUGACCUUAUAUCGAACGGAGUCAAGAUACGAAGCAUCCCCUGGCUUGGAAAAAGAGCAGGACAUUCUUGCACGUAUUAUAAAAACAACCUAUACAUAUUUGGCGGCAUCAGUUAUUAUAGCUUUAAUAGUAACAAAAUAAAUUUAACAUUUUGUGACAAUUUAUUCCUGUACAAUAUUGAGUCGAAUAAAUGCUUUGAAAUUAUGGCCAAAGGAAGUAUACCCGAGAAGAGGUACCGACAUGGGUGUGUUAUUGUUAAUGAUUAUAUGUUUGUAAUUGGUGGAGAAUGCAAGAGUUCCUCUUUACCAAGGAACGAUUUGUUUUUUUACGAUUUUAAAACCUCUGUGUGGACAGAAGUUGUUAUUAACACCAAGGUGGGGUCUCACUCGUUAUACAAAACCGUGUGGCUGGAGAACUUUGGGUCCAUAUAUAUGUUUGGCUCGUCAAUUCUUCGCCUCACGAAGAAGAACUUCCAGUACACCCCGUCGUACAAGAAUAACCAGAAGAGGCUGGAGAACCGGCGCUUCUGA